AUGGUCUCUGAGGAGUGUCGUAGCGGUCUUGCUGCGUUCCAAACUGCAGUCAAUGAAAAUUCCCCGGAUGAUUUCUUUCAGUACGGUGCAAAUUACUUCAAUAAGAAACUGGAAGAGCAAAGAAAACUAAGUCGUCGCAGUGCUGUCAGCGGUUUUAAGUCACCAUUUGCCAGCUCUGACCCACAUGCAAAGGAAUCUGAUAAUGGAUUGUUCAAGAACAGCUUCGGUUCUGGACCUUUCGGUGGUAACGACGACCCAAAGAGCAACAGCAACAGCAACGACAGUGGUAAUGGUAUGCGUUCACAAGGUCAGGGUCCAACUGACAGAAACAGUCCAGAGGCAUUGGGAAAUGCACCAAUACCCAACAACUUCAAUGCGUUGAGACGUACCUCAGUUAGUGGCGAAACUUUACAACCAGACCAUUUUGAUGAUUGGCAACCAGAACAUUAUAAGGAGAAGAGUGAAGAGCAAUUGAAGAGGUUGGAGAAAUCGAUUGGUAAGAACUUCUUAUUCAACAAGCUAGACAGUGACUCCAAAAAGCUAGUGAUAAAUUGCUUGGAGGAGAAGCGUGUUUCAAAAGGGACUGAAAUUAUCAAACAAGGUGACGAAGGUGAUUACUUUUAUGUGGUCGAAACUGGUACCGUAGAAUUUUUUGUGAACAAUGAAAAGGUUAACACCUCUGGUGCAGGUUCCAGUUUUGGUGAACUUGCUCUGAUGUAUAACAGUCCUAGAGCUGCGACCGUGGUAGCUCAAACUGACUGUACGCUAUGGGCCUUGGAUAGAUUAACUUUCAGAAAAAUUCUUCUAGGUUCCUCUUUCAAAAAGAGGUUGAUGUACGAUGAUCUAUUGAAGAACAUGGAGGUUUUGAAAUCCUUGUCCACAUACGACCGUGCUAAGCUGGCUGAUGCACUAGACACUAAGAUUUAUAAUGCAGGCGAUGUGAUAAUCAGAGAAGGGGACCGUGGUGAGAACUUCUAUCUGAUUGAAUACGGUGCUUGCGAUGUCACUAAGGAAAAAGAAGGCCUUGUUACACAGUUGAAGGAUCAUGACUAUUUUGGCGAAGUUGCACUACUGAACGACUUGCCACGUCAAGCUACUGUUACUGCUACGAAGAGGACAAAAGUAGCUACACUUGGAAAGAGUGGGUUCCAGAGAUUACUUGGCCCAGCAGUUGAAGUCUUGAAACUAAAUGACCCUACACGCAAACACGAUUAA